GAUGAUCUGAACAUUCCGAAUAUCAUGAACGUGCUCUGUUGAUUCUAAGUAUUUUUUGUAGGCUUUUUAAGGAAGAACUGUCCGUACGUUGGCGCGAAGAGAGGCAGAUCAGGGGCUGCAGUAUGCCAGAGAUUUGCAAACCUAAUGGUUGGCAAAGUCUUUUUUCUUGUACUCUCCCAGCAGCUGCUAGCACCUGCUAUCAAUCCUUCAGUGUACCUCCGGCAGUAGGCCUUUCUCUUGGAUUGUUGGGGAUACAGAGGUCAAAACCCAAUUGGCCAGCUCUUGAAUGGCCUUUAUGUGCUCCUUGCAUUCGUGGUCGGCAUAGAAAAACUCGUCCCAGUCUUGCUUGUAGCUGAUUCGGCCGCCGGAGGUCAUCUCCGCGAUAGGAUGAGAGCAUAUUGUACCUUUUGGAGGGACAUAUUUUCU